AUGAAACAGUGUGUGAGUAGUGUGUUAGAUUAUAAGUGUGAUCAAGCUACUAUUUCAGAUGUAUUAGGACAGUUAUUGGUGAAUAAGGUUUGUUCGAGCGAUGAGGUACUACCGAUAAUCAAAAACGUCAUACCAAUCUAUCCCUCGCUAAACAGGGAGUCAAAAUCACAAUUGCUACGCCUAUGUAGCUAUAACUACAAUUUCAUAACACAGAUGUCAGAAUAUGCUAAAGAGUUGGGUGAGAAAGCUGAAUCAGCUAUUUACCAAGAUGUUGUAAUAGACGUAUUGAAACUAGAAAAAGGCAGUUUGUUCAAUUACGUUUCUGUUGUCUCCAGAUCAGAAGCCCCAUUUCUCAAAUCAGGACUAUUCGGUAGUAAAAUUUUCAAUGCUCUCAGCUCCCGUAUCUCUAUUGUUGAUUAUUUGGGGUACAUGCAGACGCAAUGGGAGUAUCUAUUCUUACAUACCCAUCAGUACGAAAGACUACAUCUUGAGCUAUUCCUCACUUGUUUGCAACUAAAUGUACCUUUAGGUAUUGACAUUUUUAUCGAAAGUGUUAUUCUUCAUAGCCAUGCUUUAUGGAAUGCAUUUCUUGAGAUGUUCUCGAAGGGAAGUUCUAUCCAUCAAAGACGACUAUUCAUCCAUCACUUAGUUCCUUAUUUCAAUAAAAUAAUAGACGCCAGAUCAUGUUCAGUGGCAUUCACACUCCUCUCUCAGAUUCCAUUUACACUACCAGUUUAUUCACAAUGUUUCAACUGGUCGAACGUAUACUUCAAGAUCGCUUAUCUGGGAGCACUCUCUGAUACUCAACGUGUCCAAUUAUUCAAAGAAAUUUUGCCAUAUUUUGAGCAAAUUGAUAGUUAUUCGGACGAUAUGGUGGCAGAGAUGUUAGUUUUGUUGCUGAAUCAUUUGUCUGAGGAUUCAAGGGAUGAACUAUAUAGAGACCCGCUAUCGUUGAGUUUUGUUACCAAGAGACUACAUUCUGAGGAGCGCCUUGUAAGAGAAAGGACGAUGUUCGUUGCUAAACUUUUAACCAAUAAUAAAUUAGAGUAUGAUAGUGACUUUACCAUAGAUGUACCGAACAUCAAGUUGGAGAAACAAGCGAAUGUCACGCUACCUAUAUCUAUAGACAAUAUUCCUACUGAAAAAGUGAACUCAACUGCUCAGCGGGAUCUAAUCAAGCAAGUAAAAACGAUAUCCUUGCAGGAUAGUGAUGACGAAGAUGAUGAAGAUGAUGAAGAUGAUGAUCAAUAUUUUAGGGAUAUACUCUUCUUGAAAGAUCUCGUUAUUGAAUUUGAUAAAGCAGAAAAGGAUGAUACUUCCGAAUUGAAACUAUUGAAAAAUACAGUGAAGCUAGUUCGACAAAAGAAGGAUUUUCCUACAGAAGUUGCAUUUUAUUCCACACAACUUCUCAAAAGUAUUACAACAUUAGCAAAUAAAUUUGAUGAACCUGCUUUUGAAGAAUGGAAAACCAAUGCUUUAGUCAGUAUAAUAGUAGUUUGCCCUGAUAAAAUCACAGUUCUAUAUGAGAUACUUUUCAGUGCAGAACUAUCUUUACAGCAGAGAAUGGUCAUAUUAACAGCUGCGUCACUUGCAGCACGAGAACUUCGUGGGUUUAAUGAUGACUUCGUUCUCAAACCCGUAUAUGAUUUCCCGACUAAAAGGUUGCCUUGGGAUACGGAAUCUAGGUCGGAGAAACUAAAUGAGCAAGGAAAGAUUCAAGAUGUAUCCGAUAUCAAAAAUUUGGGUACUGUGUGGAGAUCUAAGCGGUUGGAUAUCGAAAAGAGUAGAUUAAACUCUACGCAAAAUAUCAAUAAAUUCAGAAAAUACGCAACUAAGUUCUUCUAUCCUCUAGCACAUGCAUGGUUGAAUGGAAUCGAUCUCGGAAGUUUUGAUAAGCUUUUUAAAAUGCACUACUUAAGCGUACUAAGAAUGAUAAUAACAUGUGCAAACCCGCAUUUUGAAUUCGAAACAAUGCAAACUUUAAUGGAGGAGGUCUUGAAAGAUGCUAUAAAACAACAGAUUCCAAUAUCCUGA